AUGGCCACCUCUCUACACAUUUCUGCUGCAGACCAAAAUGCCGACCUCAGGCAACGCACCAAUCUCAUUGCCAGCCAACUUGAGGCACAGGAUGGUUGGCUGGAGAGGAACCUGAGGCCCAAGAAGAUUAGUGCUAGGUACCCUUUCAAGGGAUCAUUAUUGCUUUACGCGACUUGUAUCAUGUCCGGCCUACUCGUCAAUCCGGUCUUCGUGAAGCGCUUCUUCAGCGACUACGGCGGUGCCGACGGCACCACGGCUGGGAUCGAUCCCAGCAUUACAGGCAUAUCUGUCGCCUGCCUGCAAGCCUCGGCUGCUGUAGGCGCUCUUCUCGCAGGACGGCUAGGCGAUCUGUCAGGUCGAAAGAGAUGUGUCCGUCUUGGAGGUUUAAUAUACUUUCUGAGCGCCUUCAUCCAGAUCUUUGCUCCUGGGUUCGCCACCUUUAUUGUUGGUCGCACCAUCCAGGGUUUUGGUGUCGGCAUUCUCUCGAUGACCGUUCCCAUCAUUCAAACGGAGAUCGCAGCUCCGCAUGCUAGAGGUCUGAUGGUGGGCAUUGAGUAUACCUUCCUUAUUGCAGGGUAUAUGUUAUCUUGCUGGGUCGACUACGGGUUUUAUUUCCUGCUCCCAGACGACAUGUCCUGGCAAGGUCCAUUUAUCAUUCAAGUUGGACUUUCGUUCAUUUUGAUCGCCAUGUCUUUCUUCCUCCCCGAAACCCCUCGAUGGCUAGCCAAGAAUGGCUUCAUGCAGGAAAGUCUUCAGACAGUCGCAGAUUUGCAUGCAAAUGGCGACACGGACGCGGAGCACGUCCAGCAGGUGUUUCUACAGAUUCAAGAGGCAGUUAUUUACGAGAUAAAGCUCGGAAAAUCGACUUGGACAGAAAUGUUCACGCGAUACCGGAAGCGCACUAUUGUCGGCAUCACUGCUCAGAUGUUUGCCCAGCUCAACGGAAUCAACAUCAUAUCCUUCUAUCUUCCCAGCACCUUAGCAUCCGCCGGGUUUGAUGAUGAAAAGUCGCUCCUUUAUACCGCUGCCAACGCAAUUCCUUACGUCGCGGCCACUAUCGUUACUUGGUAUCUAGCCGAUCGAUGGGGUCGCAGGCCGCUCCUCAUUCUCGGAGGUCUAGCAAUGGCCGUCUUACUCAGUAUCGUCUGUGUGUUUACCGAAGCCCGUAUCCCCAUCAAUGCCAAAGCCAACGGCCAGUACGCCUUCGUCAUGCUUUAUAACAUCGUCUAUGGCUUCACUUGGGGCCCAAUGCCAUGGCUUCUUCCAGCUGAGAUCUUCCCCCUUCGUGGCCGCAGUAAGGGCAUGGCCCUCGCCACAACCUCAAAUUGGAUAUUCAAUUUUUUGAUUGGGAUGGUGUCUCCGAAGGCUUUUGCCGGUAUUGGUGGAUACUUCUAUCUGAUUAUCGCCGGCUUCUGUCUUACCUCGGCCGCGCUAGCGCAGUUCUACUAUGUGGAGACGGCGAAUCAUAAUCUGGAAGAGAUCGCAGUUGCCUUCGGUGACAAGGCAUUCGACGACAACGACAAUGAGGUCAUGGAGGUUGGCAGAAAUGCGGACGGGAAAACGCUCGCCAGUCAUGUCUAA